ACGAUGGCUGUGGCGGCGGCGGCGGCGGCGGCGGCGGCCGGGCGGGGUUGGGGAGCUGCGGUCGGGCUGUGCAGGCGAUUCUGUCAUGUGAUGAAUCCAUACAACAGUAAGAAACCACCUCUACACCUAUUUAUAGGAAGGCCACUUUCCCCACCACAUGCAGCCCUGGGUAACACAGUGCGAUUCAUGUUUAUUCAAACACAAGACACCCCAAAUCCCAACAGCUUAAAGUUUAUCCCAGGAAAGCCAGUUCUUGAGACAAAGACUAUGGAUUUUCCUACUCCUGCUGCAGCAUUUCGCUCCCCACUGGCGAGGCAGCUAUUCAGGAUCGAAGGAGUAAAAAGCGUAUUCUUUGGACCAGAUUUUAUUACUGUCACAAAGGAAAAUGAAGAGUUAGACUGGAAUUUACUGAAACCAGAUAUUUAUGCAACAAUUAUGGACUUCUUUGCAUCUGGCUUACCUCUAGUGACUGAGGAAACACCUUCAGGAGAAGCAGGUGACAUUGUGUUAAGGUCUGAAGAAGAUGAUGAAGUUGUGGCAAUGAUUAAGGAAUUAUUGGACACUCGAAUACGGCCAACUGUGCAGGAAGAUGGCGGCGAUGUGAUCUACAAAGGCUUUGAAGAUGGCAUCGUGAAGCUGAAGCUCCAGGGCUCCUGCACCAGCUGCCCUAGCUCCAUCAUCACCCUAAGAAAUGGCAUUCAGAAUAUGCUACAAUUUUAUAUUCCAGAGGUAGAAGGCGUAGAACAGGUAAUGGAUGAUGAAUCAGAUGAAAAAGAAGCAAACUCACCUUAAAACCCUCUGGAUUUUCUUUGUGCACAGCUGUGGACUUACUGAUAAUAUAACAAGCUUCUAUUCUUAAUCUGUUUUGGAACUUGAUGAUUAAUAAAGUAUGCCCUUUCCUCAAGUAUAAAUACUA